AGGAUGGACCCAGCUCGGCGCUCACCCGGGCUUCCCCGGGCUGGAGAGCGCGUCUGAGUGCGGGGCCGCCCCGCUGGGCAUGGAGAGCCGCGUACCGGGCGGCUGCGGCAGCCGUGGAGAGGAUGCUCCGGGGAGCCGAGCACUCCAACAGAGUGAAUGACAUGCACGGCGUGGGGUGUCCUUUCUGAAGGGAGGAACCUUUCUUUUGGAGAGGAUCCUCGAUGAGCCUGGCCAAGGCCUGGGGUCUGUGUGAAGAGGACUAAGGAUUAAGUAGGAUGUCAACUGAGACAGAACUUCAAGUAGCUGUGAAAACCAGCGCCAAGAAAGACUCCAGGAAGAAAGGUCAGGAUCGCAGUGAAGCCAGUUUGAUAAAGAGAUUUAAAGGUGAAGGGGUCCGGUACAAGGCCAAACUGAUUGGGAUUGAUGAAGUUUCUGCAGCUCGGGGAGACAAGUUAUGUCAAGAUUCCAUGAUGAAGCUCAAGGGUGUUGUUGCUGGUGCCCGCUCCAAAGGAGAACACAAACAGAAAAUCUUUUUAACCAUCUCCUUUGGAGGAAUCAAAAUCUUUGAUGAGAAGACGGGGGCCCUUCAGCAUCACCAUGCUGUUCAUGAAAUUUCCUACAUUGCGAAGGACAUCACAGAUCACCGGGCUUUUGGAUAUGUUUGUGGGAAGGAAGGGAAUCACAGAUUCGUGGCCAUCAAAACAGCCCAGGCAGCUGAACCUGUUAUUCUGGACUUGAGAGAUCUCUUCCAACUCAUUUACGAACUGAAGCAAAGAGAAGAACUGGAAAAAAAGGCACAAAAGGAUAAGCAGUGUGAGCAAGCUGUGUACCAGACAAUUUUGGAAGAGGAUGUUGAAGAUCCUGUCUACCAGUACAUUGUGUUUGAGGCUGGACAUGAGCCAAUCCGUGAUCCUGAAACAGAAGAAAACAUUUACCAGGUUCCCACCAGCCAAAAGAAGGAAGGUGUUUAUGAUGUGCCAAAAAGUCAACCUAACAGCCAGCCAUUGGAGGAUUUUGAAGAGCGUUUUGCCGCAGCCAUGCCGAACAGAGACCCGUCAGUGGACUUUGAUGAGCUCCUUGAGGCAACCAAGGCUGUGACCCAAUUAGAACUUUUUGGAGACAUGUCCACCCCUCCCGAUAUAGCCUCUCCCCCUACUCCUGCAACCCCAGGUGAUGCCUUUCUCCCGUCGUCAUCCCAGACGCUUCCGGGGAGUGCAGAUGUGUUUGGCUCUGUGUCUUUUGGCACUGCUGCUGUACCCUCAGGUUAUGUCGCUAUGGGCGCCGUCCUCCCAUCCUUCUGGGGCCAGCAGCCCCUUGUUCAACAGCAGAUUGCCAUGGGUGCUCAGCCGCCCGUCGCUCAGGUGAUGCCAGGAGCUCAGCCCAUCGCAUGGGGCCAGCCAGGUCUCUUUCCUGCCACCCAGCAACCCUGGCCAACUGUGGCCGGGCAGUUCCCGCCAGCCGCCUUCAUGCCCACACAAACUGUUAUGCCUUUACCAGCUGCCAUGUUCCAAGGUCCCCUCACCCCCCUUGCAACUGUCCCAGGCACGAAUGACUCUGCCAGGUCAAGUCCACAGAGUGACAAACCCAGGCAGAAAAUGGGGAAGGAAAUGUUUAAGGAUUUCCAGAUGGCUCAGCCUCCGCCUGUGCCCUCCCGCAAGCCUGACCAGCCCUCCCUGACCUGUACCUCAGAGGCCUUCUCCAGUUACUUCAACAAAGUCGGGGUGGCGCAGGAUACAGAUGACUGUGAUGACUUUGACAUCUCCCAAUUGAAUUUGACCCCUGUGACUUCUACCACACCGUCCACCAACUCACCUCCAACCCCAGCCCCUAGGCAGAGCUCUCCAUCCAAAUCAUCAGCAUCCCAUGCCAGUGAUCCGACCACAGAUGACAUCUUCGAAGAAGGCUUUGAAAGUCCCAGCAAGAGUGAAGAACACGAGGCUCCUGAUGGAUCACAGGCCUCCUCCACCAGUGAUCCAUUUGGGGAGCCCAGUGGUGAGCCCAGUGGUGAUAAUAUAAGUCCACAAGACGGUAGCUAGAUAGCGCAGGUCUGGGAGCCAGAGCCUCUCUAUGCGCAGAUCAACAGACCUAAGAAAUAGCAUCAAUGAGAGCUCAUGGUGGGUGCUUCAAGACUGGCAUGGGAAUCAGCAGUGCAACAGGCUCUCUUGUACUCUCAGCUCACCUCAUCCCACAGAGAAACUCACAGUCGCCCAGUGAAACUGUCCGAAGAGGGAACAAAGUGUUUUUUGGCAACCAAUGGCAGAUACCUAUGGCAGCACAAACAAACAAACAAAAAAAAAACCUAAAACACAACAACAUCCCACAAAAAUAUAUUUAAGAAAACAGAAUCCAACAUUAAUCACCAGUCAAGCCAAUGCUUAACCAACAAAUCCGUUGAUCCUCUCGGCUGGGUCUAAGAUAUUCCUGGAUUUGAAACCAUUCUUGUGCUUUCAUUUCGCUCCCAGUUGACCAUUGUCAAGACCGUGGACUUGGAGUGGCAGGCAUCAGAGAAUUGGAACGAGGUUGGCACUAACUGAUUUUAGGCCAAAGCAAGGGAUCCUUUGUGACCACAGUGUCAUCGCCCACAUGCCCUCUGGCUGUGGCGAUGUGUGUGGCACCUCGCCACAGGGCCUGGUCUGCCAUCCUGUUUCCCUUGUCUUCUCUUUGUCACUUGUGAGAAUUAAUGAGUGUACAAAUUUUUGUAUUGCUUUUGACUUUUUUUUUAGAAAUGGGUGAAGUCUAAAUGGGGGAGGGGAAAAGCCUCUUAUGACGUUAACUUGAGAUCACAAGACAAAUAAGUGAUUGGUUAUUCAUUAUGAUCAAGAAUGUUGCCAAAACAACUCUUUAGUUAUCCUGCAUCCUGGUGAAGAAAGACAGCUUUUGGACAGACCUUCAUUCUGGGGUUAGUAAAGAACAUCAAAUCUCAUUGAUAAGAAAGGUGGAAAAUGCAUCCAGUUUCCUCAGAAGCUCUGAACUCUUGAGUACAAUAAAAUAAUGUCUUUAUUUUCUGAUACUUCGCUGCUGUGAUACUAUGCAGACAAGUGUCUUCUCCAUGCGCCAUUUUCAAAGAAAAGUCAUUUGCCAAAUAAUUCUGGUACAAUUCUAGUAAUGUGGUUUUGAAUCUUAGGAACCAACUUUCUAAUGGUAACAUAAAUAUUCAAUAUAACAAACUGAUUCUGUGGUCAAAUGGUUCAUCUCUAUCUCUUUUUAUACACCAGAAAAUUCAAAUGGGAUUUUUUUUUUCUAACUUGAAAAGGAAAACUUUACCAUUAAACUCUUUAACUAUUUAAGGGAAAUGGCUUUAAGGAGUUCUAAUGAAAAAAAAAUUGUCAAUUUUUUUUUGUAAAUAUGUCAAUGAAGAUGCUUUUUAAUAAUGCCAUUACACUGUAGAGAAGAUAGCAGAUGGAGUGUAAGGUGCAAGGAACAUGACGGAUGGGGUUCACGUUCCAGAUGUUUUUCUGGGACAACUGGUAGGAAGCUAGAGUUCGGAAACAGGCAGGAGUCCUGGGCCAAUCAGCAGCUCGUAAACAGGAGGAGGUGGUGCUUUGUAGCCAGCUUUUCCAUAGGCCAAUGGAAGAGAAAGGACAUGUUUGGAAGGUUUGGCCUUCAGAUUUGGGAAAUCGCUCACCUCUCCUCUCCCACUUACUCUCCCAUCAGUCACUGGACUGAUUGUACAUGAAAUAAAAGGAUUUUACUUCCUGAUUUUACACACAUGGGGCAAAGGUCUAGUGUUCAGUUCGUAUGUUUAGCACACAACUUUCAUAAAGAAUCUAUAUAUUUUUACCCUAUAGAGAAUUGUUAUACAGGUCAAGUGUGUUUUCCUGGCGCUCCUAUGCAGUUACAUGUUGGAUGUAAUGGUUUAACAUGAAAGGAAACCCUCAAGAGAGGCGUAAUAGGAUCUGGAAGUAAUUACUCUUAUUAAAUUUCAAAUUUUGAGAAGUCAAAUUUACCUUGAAAUGAUUGAUUGAAAUUGGCUUCGGCUUCUUAUCAAUAGGAACUAAAUGAUUUUAAAGAUGAUUUUAAAGUGACUCCACACAAAACUCACACUACAAUGUCAAACUGAUUACUUUUUAGACUUUACCCUGGAAUACAAUUUUCCCAAACAGAUAAGUGAACCGUGUAUCCAUUAGAAAAUACGUGUAGAUGCUACCCUACUGUGGAAGGUCCUAAGAACUAGAGAAACAAGAAGGGCUGUCCGCUGCCCUCUGAAGCCGCUACCUGUCAGUACAGGAUUCCUUCCGAAUCAUCUGUCCAUGCUGUGAUGAGGUGACCCUCUUGUGCAAAGGAGAAAUGGGAAGGUAUUAUGGCUGCGAUUUUUCCUGAAAGCAGCCCUGUUUCUCUGAAGCUUUGGUAAGAUAGGUGGCUGCUGCAGGAGUCAGCUUCGGCGGCUGCGGUGUCAUGGUACCGAGGUUCUAUGAGUGGUGCUGUCCUCUCCGUCACUGUGACCGAGUCUGCCCAUCAGUGUCAUACCCCCCAUCUCAUAGAAACUCCCAUCCUUAGGGUUACUAUGACAGGAAGUAAACUCUGGCUCACAUUGCUGUUUCAGGGGUCCCAUCUGCCAUCCGUUCUGUCACCAGGUGGUGACAGCCCCGCUUAUCGUCAUCUUUCAUUGAGCAUGAUGGAAAUGUAACUGGCUCUGAACUUAAGGAAGAUGCCCAGAUGACCCAUUAAAAUGAGGGAGAUAAAGUCAAGAUUUUAAACUGACAUCUAUAUUUUCAUUGGCAGAAUAGUGGGUUUUUGCUUUUGUUUUUGUUUUCCCAAACACCAGUUGGUACCCCUAUCCCAGGAAUAUAGUGACAUGUCCAAACAGGAGCUGAGGUACCAAUACCCAAAGAGCAUGGGGGAUCUGCACAGUUCUUGUUAGAUCAAUAGAAAGAUUCAUGUGUACAACCCUUACUUCCUCAUCUUCUAUUAGCACUAAAUUCGUCACUUUAAAUUUUGAAACCAGGGAAAUGCCACCUGUCGCUCUGUCUCAUUCCCCAUAGCUCUGCAAUCUUUACAUACCACAAGACUUUUUUGAUAACUCAUAUUCAUUCCAGCGUCUACGGAAACCCCAUCGUAUAAUGUAGUGAGCACCUUCUUUUAAGAAAAUGUUUACUCCGUGGGUUUGGUUCCUUUCAACUUCUGCGUUCUGACACAUAUUUUUUUAAUAAAGAUGAGAAAGAGAAAAUGACUGUUGCAGUACGUUUCUAGACCUACUUUACCUCAGAGGACAGUUUGCUAACAUAUAUGGACACAUUAUUUUUAACUUUAUGUACAAUGCAUUCAACAGAACAGCAAACUUUUUAGAAAUUUUCCAUUAAUUUCUGUAACACGCCAUGUAAAACGGUUACAAAUAAACAUGUUUGAGAACAAA